AUGCUGAAGUCAACACAUAAGUCUACCGCGCCGCCGCUGGCAGAAGGGUGGACUGAGCACAAAGCUCCCACGGGACAUCUAUACUACUACAAUGCUGCAACGAAGCAGUCAACCUACACCCGCCCUGUAGCUCCAGACCCAGUUGCGCCGACGCCUCUACCGCCAACGAAUCCCUCAGAGAGCUAUCUGCAAUACCAGAGUGUUGGAGGUCAACCAAGUGCUGGGCCGACCUUCGACAAUGGACCGCAGGGACAUUUUCGGGGUGGGAGAGGCGGGUUUCAAGGGCAGAGAGGAGGCAGAGGAGGGAACGAUCGUCCUCGACCACAACCCACAGACAAGCCCAAGGCUCGAUAUUCGAUUCCAGGUCACGAACCAUGGGUGCUGGUUUACACCAAGCUGGGUAGACGAUUUGUCUACAAUACGGCAAAGGACCAAAGUUUCUGGCGGAUACCAGACAAGUUGAAGGAUGGAAUAUUGGCCCUAGACCAGCAGAGAAUCAAAGAAAAAGCCGAGGCAUGGGCAAAGUCGAGAGAGGCGGUAGACACGGGCGAGGCGCCGGGUGCUCCUGCACGGCCAGAAGCACCUAAGGAGUCCACCGAAAUUGUGGUUGAAGAGGAAGGGGAUAGCUCCGAGUACGAAGAGGUCGAAGUUACGGAUGAUGAGAACGAUGAUGAGGAGAAUCCUCCGAAGCGCCAACGGACCGAGGAGCCAGGCCCAGAAGAGCCCGUCGAGUUUAACGAGGACGACAUUGCGUUUCAGCUUGCAGCCAUGGGCCAGGACUAUGGUUUGGAUCCGGGCGAAUACGGCGACGAGAAUAUGGAAGAUUGGGAUGAGGGUGUCGAAGGUGUAGAAGUAACACAAGAGGAUGCCUCUGCUUUGUUUAAGGACUUGCUGAACGACUUCGGCAUAAAUCCGUACAGUCCGUGGGAGAAGCUUGUAGAGGAGGGCAAGUUGGUAGACGAUAUAAGGUAUACGGCUCUGACGAGUAUGAAGGCUCGGAAGGAAGCGUGGGAAGAGUGGAGCCGAGAGAAAAUCAAGAUCCUGAGAGAACUACGAGCCAAGGAAGAAAAAAAGGACCCUCGAAUACCGUACCUCGCCUUUCUCCAGAAGCACGCGACACCGAAACUUUACUGGCCCGAGUUCAAACGGAAAUUCAAAAAGGAACCCGAGAUGCGGGAUACUUCUAUGCCGGACAAGGACCGCGAAAAGCUUUACCGGGAGCACAUUAACCGCCUGAAGCUCCCCCAGUCGACGUUAAAAUCGGACCUGUCGGCUCUCAUGAAGGCGCAGCCACCUUCUAUGCUCAACAACUCGACACCGCCAUCUCACUUACCAGCCGCGAUGCUAGCAGAUAUCCGAUUUAUCUCACUCGAUGCAUCAGUCCGGGAUCCACUUGUCGAGGGGUACAUCAGUACUCUUCCUCCAGCUCCAGACUCGGACGAUGGCGAAGAGACGGAAGAGAUGCUCAAGGACAAGAAAGACCGUGAACGGCGGCAGAAAGCACUCGAGGACCGCGAAAAACGCGUAGCCGAAGAGAAGCGUCGACAGCAAAGGAAUCUCGAGCUCGGCAAGGGGCGACUGAGGGAGGAAGAAGAAGAGAUUGCGAGGGCGAUGAAUGUUACGAAGAAGGGGCUAAAAGACCAUUUAAUGGAUGUCGACGUCAGCGAGGCGCCUCUUUCACAGAAAUAG